CCAAAUAGUCCAUGAACCAAGUACAGCAGCCCCACCAGCUUCUCGGCCGUCCAUCCAUUGAAUUUCGAUUGCAGGUGCAGCGCAGCAGUUCUCCUACCUUUCAUCCUCGGAGCCUGCUACAUUUUCUCACGACUACAAUUGCGCGCGUCGCAGCCACAUUCAGCGGUCAAACCCUCCUUAGCUGAACCUCAAGCAACCCAACCCCAGCCCUCGGCGCUUCCAUCCAUCAUCUCAGCAAUCGAACAUGAACACGCGACGCUAGCAAUUAUAUUCCCUCCCAAACCUGUCUCCAGCUCUUCCCAAGUUCCCCCAAACAUCACCGCAACCACCCCCCUCGAAAGAAAAACGAUAAGAAACCAACAAUGUCCGACCCCAACCCCAAACCACCACCACAACCACAGCGUAUCCUCACGACCCCGACCCCGACCCCGACCCCGAGCCCGAAGCUCCCUCCCGCCUCCACCCAACACCAACCACCAGCUCAACAAGCAAUAACCCUCGACCUCCUGCUCACCGUCCUCUCGCGCACCCUCUUCCACCCCUUCAUCGCCUGGAUCCUCGUCCUCUGCCUCCGCGCCCAGGCCACGCCCUACACCGCGCCGGCGUUCCUUGUCGCCACGGCGUACGCGGGAUUCCUCUCGCUGUUGAGUAUCGCGCGGAGCGGGAACGACCGGGUCGCGUACGGGGAGCCCCGGCGCGUGGAUCUGAGCGAGGAGGUGGUUGUGGUCACGGGCGGGGCGAGCGGGCUGGGGCUGUUGAUUGCGAGGAUCUAUGGGCUGCGCGGGGUGAGUGUGGCGGUGUUGGAUGUGAAGAGGGAGGAGGAGGUGGAGGGGCUGGAGGAGAUGGAGGGGGUGGAGUAUUUUCGGUGUGAUGUUGGGGAUCGCGGGGCGUUGGAGGAGACGGUGCGGAGGGUGGAGGUGGAGCUGGGGACUCCCACCGUACUGGUGCAUUGUGCGGCCGCUCGCAUCAACGGUCAACCGCUCCGAGAUCUCCCCGCGGAGGCGUUCCAGAAAACCAUCCGGACCAACCUGCUCGCGGCCUUCCAUGCCUACCAGGUCUUCCUGCCGCGGAUGCUGUCCGCCGCCACGGGCGGGACCAUCGUCACCGUCAGCUCGGUUCUGGGCCAGCUGUGCGCGGCGGGGCUGGCGGACUACUCGGCCAGUAAAGCCGGGCUGAGCGCCGUGCAUCGCACGCUGGAAGCGGAACUCCGCGCGUCCGGGGACGAUGACAAGGUGAAGAUGAUCCUCGUGGAGCCCGGGCAGAUCUCCACGCCGCUUUUCCGAUCGGUCCAGACGCCCAACCGCUUCUUCGCGCCCGUCCUCGAGCCGGUCCACAUCGCCCAGGAGAUCGUGGCCGCGAUCGACAGCGGGAGAGGCGCUGUGAUCCGCCUGCCCACCUUUGCGAUGCUGGCCAACUGGUAUGCCGUGAUGCCGGCAGGUCUGCAACGGUUGGCGCGGUAUAUGAGUGGGAUCGACAGCGCCGUCGCGCAAGCCUCCUUGUCCCAGACGAAACCGUCAGCCACCACUGCGCCGCUGACUGAACCACCACAGAAACGCGAGCCGCUUUCCGUGGACAAAGACUGAUGUAAAUG